AUGUCAACCUCUCAGCAACCCCCGGUACCAAUCUCAAUCACCAUCUGCGGCGAUGGCGGCUGCGGAAAGUCCUCCAUCACCCUCCGCCUCGUACGCUCGCAGUGGACCUCCGAAUACGACCCCACCAUCGAGGACUCGUACUCCAUCACCCGCAAGAUCGAUGGCCAGAACUACCACCUGUCGCUGACGGACACGGCCGGCCAGGAGGAAUACCGCGGCAUGUGGGCCUCUUCCAACCUCGGCGCCGACGCCUUCCUGCUCGUCUACGACAUCACCUCCUGCGACUCCCUCGACGCCCUCCAGUACUUCAACGACCUGAUCGACAUGGAGGCCGAAACCCGCCUCGACAACGCCGACCGCGCAAAGCGUGCCGGUCUCACCCCUGCCUCGUACCGCGACACGGUCUCGGUGGCGCCGGGCGCCAAGACCGUCCCGCCCGUCAAGAUCGUCGCCGGCAACAAGUGCGACCUACAGGAGUCCCGCGAAGUGUCCGCCGCCCAGGGCCUCGACUGGGCCCGCCGGCAUGGGUGCGGCUUCAUGGAGACGAGCGCGCGGCUCGAGGUCAACAUCGAGGAGACCUUCGCCCUCAUCGUCCGGCGCGUGGUCGAGGCCCGGCGGAUGGCCGAGCUGGGCGUCAACGAGAACAUGGAGAUGGACCGCCGCGGCAUGACGAAGCCCCUGAGCCCCCUGCCCACAGGCAGCGAGAACGAGAAGCACGGCUCGGGCGUAGGGGACUCGAGUCGCAGCGGCAGGACCAGCAUGGGGUCGAUAUGGAGGAAGCUUCGGUGCUGGUGA